AUGCCUCUCUCAAAAGACCUCCUGCACCCUUCUCCUGAGAAGGAGAAGCAGGAACACAAGAAGAAGCACCUGGUGCAGAGUCUGAACUCGUAUUUCAUGGACGUAAAGUACCCAUGGUGCUAUAAAAUCACCACUGUCUUCAGCCACGAGCAAACAGUGGUCCUCUGUGUCGGAUGCUCCACUGUACUCUGUCAGCCUGCUGGAGGCAAGGCAAGACUUACAGAAGAAUGCUCCUUCAGACGGAAGCAGCACUAA